GUUGUUUUCACUCUACGUGUUUCGUCAAACUUGGGGUUUCCAGAGGAAGAGAGAAAGAAAGUCCUUCGUUUUUCUCGGUUUCUCUUGCGUUACUCUUCGACCACCUGCCGCUUCUUAGACAAAUCAACGGUAGCAGCUGUUCACAGACAGAACCUUCCGGUUAAUCCAUCACAUUAUUGCUUUUUCUUUUUGCGUGUGCGUGUGUGUGUCCGUUGGACGUACGUAGACAACUGAAGCGCGCACCGCAGCAUUACACCUCCUUCACUUUGUCUUCGGUUUCCGUUCAUUAACCCGUUUUUCUCUCACAUCCCCUCUUCACAGACUUCACCACCGUUACUUGCGUUGUGUCAAAGUUCGUCUCUCUUUUUUCUUGUUGUUGUUUCCUGCCGUUUCUUAUCCGUCUCUUCCCUAACUCUCGGUGGGCGCAUCAUCAGCGUACCAAUUAAUUCCACCUUACAUCAUCUUUUAUUAUUAUUAUUUUCUCCGUGUUGUGAAUUACGUGCGCUUCUUAGAUUCCACUCCGUUGUUUCAUCUUUUCGUUUUCCUUGUUUCCUCCUCACGCCGUUGCCACUCCCUAACGAUUCACGGGUGCUGCGUUGUCGUGCGCUUUUCUUUCUGUACCUCUAUCAAUCUCGGUAAGGCGCAAACGUAUUACAGAACGUGUGCUGGAAAGGCUGCACAAGCAAUUUCUUUCGUAUAUAUUCCCCCCCCCCCUCCUUCUCCCUCUGGUCAUUUGGGUCUCUGUGCACUUCGCGAACGCAAGGGUGCGGCGGUAUCGGAAGUAGUUCAGCUAAAGUUGUGCCCGCCGUUACUAGUACUGUUUUUCUUUCCGUUGCCUCCCACGUGCUUUCUGCGCUGCCUGUGCUGUUCGUUUCGCACCUACCGCUCGCACCACGCUAGCUGCUGCUUCCGCUACGCACACAGUGUCCCGCUGACUUUUCUCUUCUUCGUCUUCUUUGGCUCUGCGGCUUCUAAUUUUGGAAGCUGCACCGCACGUACGCGCACGUCAACAUGAGGAGAAACGACCGGCAAAACAACAACCGACCGCGGCGACGAGGCAGAGGAAACUUUGGCGGAGACGCCCCGCAACCCUUUCCGCCGUCAGCCUUUCCUCCCUCCGUCUUUCCGCCGCCGCCGCCGCCGCCGCCUCCACCGCCGCCCUUCUCGGCCUCCCAGCCGCCGCCACCGCCGAUGCUGGACCGCAGUCGCUACAUCAGGCCACGACAGGUCCCGGUGGAGUCGUUGCCGUUCGUGUACGACCCGUACGGCGGCCUGCCGCGCAGAGAGGAUUUGGACCCCUACAACACCUCACAGCCGCCACCACGCCCCGCGCACCUUUCUGGCAUGCAGCCAUCAUCGACCACCAUGUCCUUUCGCGAUGUGGUGCUCAGCAUGCAGUCGUGGGGCGCGCAGUGGCCGGAGGCGACAGAGACGAGUGUGAAGCGGUGGGCACGACGCGCACUGCGUGCGGAGGGGCCGAUCUUAGCGCGGCGGGGCGAUCGGCCGUUGCAUCCGCCACCAGCGGCGUCCUCCUCUGCUCCUGCGCAGGAGGAGCCGCCGCACGAGCGCGACGAAGUCGUCCACGAGGGAGGAACGUCAACGUCUGCCGGGGAAAAUGCGCCGGAUGAAACGAAGUCCCCAACGUCGCCGGAGGGUGGUGCGCAGAACCCGCGGCAACCGCAGCGCCAUCCUUAA